GCCAGGGGGCGCUGGAAGGGAUGGAGGGGAUCCCGGGUGUGGCGUUGGGCAGGUUCAGGGUGUCCCUAGCCACUGGGUAAAUGUGGGGAACCGCUUUUGCCUCCAGAGGCGUCCCCUCCGCUAGAUUUUUGUGGAGGUCAAGUGCAGGGGUCAGACCUGAGCUCUUCUGAACCCUAGGCGGCCCUCUACUCCCUGGGCUGGGGUCCUGGGGUCCCCUCUGCUCCCUGGGACGGGGUCUCUGCUCUCCCAGGCCUCGGGGCCCUGCCCCGGCAGUCUACAGGGGGCGGCGGCUCGGCUUGCUGCGCUGUGCUCCCCUCCACCGCCUACUCUCCUCCCCACCCGCGUUGCCACGACAACGUGAGAAACUAAAAUUCACUUCCCCGCCGCAGGUGGAGCCGGCUGCGCCCCCUCCCCUAAACCUUCCUGUGGGUCGCGCGCCAUCCUUGGGCGACAAGGAGGGGGCGACGCGGAGGGGGCGAUGGGCACUGGCUCCAGGCUGACCCAGGGGUCGGGGUGUAGGGGGCAGGGGAGGGGUCUGGGGAUCACAACCCACUUCUCAAAGUCUAAACCGAAGGGUUAACUCCGAGCGCGCCGGGGGCGGCGCGGGGGAAGCGCCCCGGCCUCCGGGCCGAGGUCUCCAAGGUCGGGUCCAGAGUAGGGGUCGCUGAAGAGUUCGCAGGGGGGCGGCCGUCACCUCCAGAAACCAGCGCUCCUGCCCUUCCGCCCCACUCCAGCAGUGUCUGCAGCCCUCGGCCCCCACGCGGACCCCGCUUCUGGACCUUCCCUCCGCCGCGCGGUUCCCGGCCCGCGGGUGCCCGCACGCAGCGCAAGGCGGCGGGGCCCGCGCGGCUCAGCCACUCCCCCCAGGCCCCGGCUCCCCCCACCCGCCGAGCGCCCCCAAGGGCCCCCGCCCCGGGGCCCGCGCCUCGCCCCACGCGCACCCCCGCCGGGACCCCGGAGGGCCCCCGCUCCCACCCGACCGGUCCUGAGCCCUCCCGGCCCCCGCCCCGGCGCAGCCCCCUCCCCGCCCCCGCUCCCCUCCCGGCUCAGCCCCCUCCCCCCGCCGCCCCCGCCCCCGGGGAAGGCAGGCGCCGAGCGGAGCCGGGGCCGAUGCAGCUGAGCCGCGCCGCCGCGCCCGCGCCCGCGGAGCCCCCGGAGCCGCUGUCCCCCGCGCCGGCCCCGGCCCCGGCCCCCCCCGGCCCCCUCCCGCGCAUCGCGGCCGGCGGGGCUCCGGCGGGGGGCCAGGGGGGGCCGGGGCGCCGCGCGGAGUCCCCGUGCGCCCCUCUCCCGGCCGCCAGCGGCCCCGGCGCGGGCAUGGACGGCCCCGGGGCCAGCGCCGUGGUCGUGCGCGUGGGGAUCCCGGACCUGCAGCAGACGAAGUGUCUGCGCCUGGACCCGGCCGCGCCCGUGUGGGCCGCGAAGCAACGAGUGCUUUGCGCGCUCAACCACAGCCUCCAGGACGCGCUCAACUACGGGCUUUUCCAGCCACCCUCUCGGGGCCGUGCCGGCAAGUUCCUAGAUGAAGAGCGGCUCCUGCAGGACUACCCGCCCAACCUGGACACGCCUCUGCCCUACCUGGAGUUCCGAUACAAGCGGCGAGUUUAUGCCCAGAACCUCAUUGAUGAUAAGCAGUUUGCCAAGCUUCACACGAAGGCCAACCUGAAGAAGUUCAUGGACUAUGUCCAGCUACACAGCACAGACAAGGUGGCCCGCCUGCUGGACAAGGGGCUGGACCCCAACUUCCAUGACCCUGACUCAGGAGAGUGCCCCCUGAGUCUGGCAGCCCAGCUGGAUGAUGCAACAGACUUGCUGAAGGUUCUGCGAAAUGGUGGGGCGCACCUUGAUUUUCGCACCAGGGACGGGCUAACUGCUGUUCACUGUGCAACACGCCAACGGAAUGCCGGGGCGCUGACGACCCUGUUGGACCUGGGGGCGUCGCCAGACUACAAGGACAGCCGUGGUCUGACUGCCCUGUACCACAGUGCCCUAGGGGGCGGGGAUGCCCUCUGCUGUGAGCUGCUUCUCCAUGACCAUGCCCAGCUGGGGACCAGGGAUGAGAAUGGCUGGCAGGAGAUCCACCAGGCCUGCCGCUUUGGCCACGUGCAGCACCUGGAGCACCUACUGUUCUAUGGAGCCGACAUGGGGGCCCAGAAUGCCUCGGGGAACACAGCCUUGCAUGUGUGUGCCCUCUAUAACCAGGAGAGCUGUGCUCGUGUGCUCCUUUUCCGGGGAGCCGACAAGGACGUCCGCAAUUACAACAGCCAGACGGCCUUCCAGGUGGCGAUCAUUGCUGGGAACUUUGAGCUUGCUGAAGUUAUCAAGACACACAAGGACUCUGACGUUGUGCCAUUCAGGGAGACCCCCAGCUAUGCAAAGCGGCGGCGACUGGCUGGCCCCAGUGGCCUGGCGUCCCCUCGGCCCCUGCAGCGCUCAGCCAGUGACAUCAACCUGAAGGGUGAGAUGCAACCAGCAGCUCCUGGACCCUCCCUACGAAGCCUCCCACACCAGUUGCUGCUCCAGCGGCUGCAGGAAGAGAAGGACCGGGACCGGGACGGCGAGCAGCAGAAUGACACCAGUGUCCCCUCCGCAGGCAGGGGAAGCCAGAGCAAGAUCAGCCCGAGCGGGCCCGGCGGCCCCGGCCCCGCGCCCGGCCCCAGCCCGGCGCCCCCUGCGCCCCCCGCUCCGCCGCCGCGGGGCCCGAAGCGGAAACUUUACAGCGCCGUCCCCGGCCGCAAGUUCAUCGCGGUGAAGGCGCACAGCCCGCAGGGCGAGGGCGAGAUCCCGCUGCACCGCGGCGAAGCCGUGAAGGUGCUCAGCAUUGGGGAGGGCGGAUUCUGGGAGGGCACCGUGAAGGGCCGCACAGGCUGGUUCCCGGCCGACUGCGUGGAGGAGGUGCAGAUGAGGCAGUAUGACGCCCGGCAUGAGACACGAGAGGACCGGACCAAGCGGCUCUUCCGCCAUUACACAGUGGGUUCUUAUGACAGCCUCACCUCACACAGUGACUAUGUCAUUGAGGACAAGGUGGCUGUGCUGCAGAAGCGUGACCACGAGGGCUUCGGCUUUGUGCUCCGGGGUGCGAAGGCAGAGACCCCCAUCGAGGAGUUCACACCCACGCCGGCCUUCCCUGCUCUGCAAUACCUUGAGUCCGUGGAUGUGGAGGGCGUGGCCUGGAGGGCUGGGCUGCGCACAGGGGACUUCCUCAUUGAGGUGAAUGGGGUCAACGUGGUCAAGGUUGGCCACAAGCAGGUGGUGGCGCUGAUCCGCCAGGGCGGCAACCGCCUGGUCAUGAAGGUCGUGUCUGUCACAAGAAAGCCUGAGGAGGACAGCUCCAGGCGCAGAGCCCCACCACCCCCAAAGAGGGCACCCAGCACCACGCUGACCCUGCGCUCUAAGUCCAUGACUGCUGAGCUCGAGGAAUUGGAGAAGCUGGAUGAGAUCCUGGCAGCUGCUGCAGAGCCAGCUCUGAGGCCGGACAUUGCGGAUGCCGACUCCCGGGCCGCCACGGUCAAGCAGAGACCCACCAGUCGGAGGAUCACCCCUGCCGAGAUCAGUUCACUGUUUGAACGCCAAGGCCUCCCCGGCCCAGAGAAGCUGCAAGGUUCUCUGCGGAAGGGGAUUCCACGGACCAAGUCUGUAGGGGAGGACGAGAAGCUGGCCUCCCUACUGGAGGGGCGCUUCCCCCGGAGCACGUCCAUGCAGGACUCGGUGCGGGAGGGCCGUGGCAUCCCGCCCCCGCCGCAGACCGCACCCCCGCCCCCGCCAGCCCCCUACUACUUCGACUCGGGGCCACCACCCGCUUUCUCGCCACCACCUCCGCCACCGGGCCGUGCCUACGACACAGUACGCUCCAGCUUCAAGCCGGGCCUGGAGGCGCGCCUGGGUGCGGGCACCGCAGGCCUCUAUGAGCCUGGCGCUGCCCUGGGCCCACUGCCCUACCCAGAACGGCAGAAGCGCGCGCGUUCCAUGAUCAUCCUGCAGGACUCUGCGCCGGAGACGAGCGACGGCCCCAGGCCCCCGCCAGCGGCCACACCGCCGGAGCGCCCCAAGCGCCGGCCCCGCCCUCCGGGGCCCGACAGCCCCUACGCCAACCUGGGCGCCUUCAGCGCCAGCCUCUUCACGCCAUCCAAGCCGCAGCGCCGCAAGAGUCCGCUGGUGAAGCAGCUGCAGGUGGAGGAUGCACAGGAGCGUGCAGCACUGGCUGUGGGUAGCCCUGGCCCUGGAGGUGGCAGCUUUGCUCGUGAGCCAUCCCCGACGCACCGCGGGCCGCGGCCAAGUGGCCUUGAUUAUGGCUCCGAGGAUGGGCUUGGGCUUGCAUUUGGGGGACCAGGCCCGGCCAAGGACCGGCGUCUGGAGGAGCGGCGCCGUUCCACGGUGUUCUUAUCAGUGGGUGCCAUUGAAGGCAGCCCGCCCAGCGCUGACCUGCCAUCCCUGCAGCCUUCACGGUCCAUCGAUGAGCGCCUGCUGGGCCCAGCCGCCACUCCUGGCCGUGACCUGCUGCUGCCCUCCCCUGUAUCCGCUCUGAAGCCAUUGGUCAGCGCCCCAAGCCUGACGCCUGCGGGUUCCACCUUCAUCCACCCCCUCACUGGCAAGCCCCUGGACCCCAGCUCACCCUUGGCCCUCGCUCUGGCUGCCCGGGAGCGGGCCCUAGCCUCCCAGGCACCCUCGAGAUCCCCCACUCCAGUGCACAGCCCUGAUGCUGAUCGCCCAGGACCCCUGUUUGUGGAUGUGCAGGCCCGAGACUCAGAGCGGGGAACCAUGGCCUCCCCGGCCUUCUCCCCGCGAAGCCCAGCCUGGAUUCCUGUGCCAGUCCGCAGGGAGUCAGAGAAGGCACCCCGGGAAGAGCGCAAGUCCCCUGAGGACAAGAAAUCCUUGAUCCUCAGUGUCCUGGACACCUCCCUGCAGCGGCCGGCCGGCCUCAUCGUGGUGCAUGCCACCAGCAACGGGCAGGAGCCCAGCAGGCUGGGGGCUGAAGAGCAGCGUCCGGGCACCCCGGAGCGGGCCCCAGCCCCCAUGCCCACCACGGUGACAACAGCCGUGGCAGAGCCCCUGCCCAGUCCCAGGGCCCAGCCUGCUGGCAGCACCCCAGUGGACCCAGGGCAUGGCCAGGGCAGCUCUGAGGAGGAGCCUGAGCUGGUGUUUGCUGUGAGUCUCCCGCCUGCCCAGCUGUCCUCCAGUGAUGAGGAGACCCGGGAGGAGCUGGCCCGCAUUGGACUGGUGCCGCCCCCAGAAGAGUUUGCCAAUGGAAUCCUGCUGGCCACGCCGCCACCCGGCCUGGGGCCCCCGCCCUCCACAGUGCCCGGCCCGGCCUCAGGGAAGCCUGGCAGUGAGCCACCCCCUGCACCCGAGUCGGCGGCCGACUCGGGUGUGGAGGAGGCCGACACGCGCAGUUCCAGUGACCCCCAUCUGGAGACCACAAGCACCAUCUCCACAGUGUCCAGCAUGUCCACUCUGAGCUCUGAAAGUGGGGAGCUCACUGACACUCACACCUCCUUCGCCGACGGACACACUUUUCUACUCGAGAAGCCGCCAGUGCCUCCCAAGCCCAAGCUCAAGUCCCCCCUGGGGAAGGGGCCGGUGACCUUCAGGGACCCCCUGCUGAAGCAGUCCUCAGACAGCGAGCUCACGGCCCCCCAGCACCAUGCCGCCUCUGCCGGGCCUGCCCGCCCACGCUACCUCUUCCAGAGAAGGUCCAAGCUGUGGGGGGACCCCGUGGAGAGCCGGGGGUCCCCCGGGCCUGAAGAUGACCGGCCAGCCGUGAUCAGCGAGCUCAGCUCCCGGCUGCAGCAACUCAACAAAGAUGCCCGCUCCCUGGGGGAGGAGCCCGCAGGUGGCCUGGGCAGCCUGCUCGACCCAGCCAAGAAGUCUCCCAUUGCAGCAGCUCGGCUCUUCAGCAGCCUCGGUGAGCUGAGCACCAUCUCAGCACAGCGCAGCCCAGGAGGCCCUGGUGGCUCGGCCUCCUACUCGGUGCGGCCAGGUGGCCGCUACCCCGUGGCGCGGCGUGCCCCGAGCCCAGUGAAGCCCGCGUCGCUGGAGCGGGUGGAGGGGCUGGGUGCGGGCGCGGGGGGCGUUGGGCGGCCCUUCGGCCUCACGCCCCCCACCAUCCUCAAGUCGUCCAGCCUCUCCAUUCCACACGAGCCCAAGGAGGUGCGCUUCGUGGUUCGCAGCGUGAGCGCGCGCAGCCGGUCACCGUCGCCGUCGCCGCUGCCCUCGCCUGCGCCUGGCCCAGGCCCUGGCGCGCCUGGCCCGCGCCGGCCCUUCCAGCAGAAACCGUUACAGCUGUGGAGCAAAUUCGACGUGGGCGACUGGCUGGAGAGCAUCCACCUGGGCGAACACCGUGACCGCUUUGAGGACCACGAGAUCGAGGGCGCGCACCUGCCUGCGCUCACCAAGGAGGAUUUCGUGGAGCUGGGCGUCACGCGCGUGGGCCACCGCAUGAACAUCGAGCGUGCUCUGCGGCAGCUGGAGGGCAGCUGACCCCUCGCCCCUGCCGCGCCCUGCCGGCAGGGCGGCCUCCUCCUCUCCGGGCCGCGGGCUCGGCCCGCCCCGAGAAGGUGCCCGGGCCGGGAAUGUUGCAUGAAUCGUCCUGUUUGCUGUUGCUCGGAGACUUGCCCUGUACAUUGCUUAGCGCCCGGCCCCGCGCACAGGCGGGAAAGGGCGCAGACCGGGGGUGGGGGGGUGGGGGGGCCGGGCGGGAGGGCCUGUGGUGCGGUGCUCUGCCCUGACCGCCGCCUUCGCAGCUCCUAGCGGCCCUCGCCCGGAGCGGGAACCUAGUCCAGCAUGCGAGGCCGGAACACGCCUUGGCGACUGGGGGGAGGGAGGGAAACACUGGGGUUCUCGGCGGGGGCUACGGAGCCCCCAGUUUGCAUACUCUAAUCCACUCAAUAUCCGGAGCGAGACAAGGAACAAAUAUCUCUGUCCCUAACAGCCCCCCUUCCCGGCCCCACUGCCCAGCCCAGUCUUCCAUCUCCGGCCCCUCACUGCCACUGCCGACCCUCGCGAGGCAGGGGACGCUCCAGCUGGUCUGGGGUUGGCCAGGGUCCUGGUGGCGGGCCCGGGGGUUCCAUUUGCUCGGCCCCUUUCCUCGCCGAGCCCCAUCGAUCCUGCAGGUGCUGCUCGAGGGAGGGGCGGCAGGCGGCCCACCCCGCGGCCUGGGGGUAGGGCGUGGGCUUAGCACUCCACGCUCCCUCCCCAGCCGUCUUCCUCACAGGGUCUCCCCCUCCCAAGUUUCGGGCAUCCACAGCAGAGAAGCUCCCCUGCCUUGGGCCCCCACCCUGUGCGCACACACGUGUGCACGUGUGGAGCUGGGUGUGGCGGGAGCCCUGGGCGUGCCCAAGUGCUCGGUGGUCCCUGGGAGCCGCCGCAGGCUGCAGUCGGGGGCUCUAUCCCGGCUCCCACUGCUGGCCCAGCCUGGCCGUCCGGAGCUGCACUCCUAGGGUGGCCCCAAAGAUUCCCUUGGAGGCAGCACUCCCUUUGGGCUUCUGAGGGCAUUUCAGGACCCUAGAGAUAGUCAGAGACCCUUGAGGGCGCCCCAGCCCCCCCUUACUGUGACUCCUCACGGUCGACCAUGGCCCGUGGGGUGGGGGUCCUGAGGCGUUUUUAAACCUAGGGUUUGGAGUCUGGACUAAGCUCCAUCCACGUCACUCACAAGUUUCUGUUUAUAUUUCUAGCUUUUUUUAAUAAAAAGGAAAAAAAAGUUCACAGCGCAGGGGCCUGGCACGCCUGCCCCGCCCCCACCCACGGGCCCACUCCCCGGGCAGAGUUGCAACCACGCCGUCAGACACACCAGGUCCCGCAGCAGUCGCCAGGAGACUGCCACACACUGUCUCACACUCACCUGUGGGUUUUAGGUUCCGUUCCAUUUGGGUUUUUAACUUGACAGGGUCAGUUUCGCUUCACCCCUCCUUUUGUAUGGAGCUCAAUCCGGGGGCUUCCCCCGCUCCAGUCCUGAGGCCUCCUGACCCUGGCGUUGUGAUACACCCCACAGAGAUCUAUGUUUCUUAUAUUAUUAUUAUUGAUAAUUAUUAUAAUAUUAUGGAAUAAAUUUAUAAGAAAUGAG